AUGCCGGAAUGGAAAAACAGGCCUGCUCUUCACCGAGCGUCUGCUGAGAGGUUUUCAGAUGUGGAAACAGGUGGUCUGGGACUGGAUCAUCUGGAGAUCAGGCCCAGAGCCUCAAACAUGUCAGACAAGCACUCUACCAUGGAGCUAAAUUCCAAGCUAAGUAAUGAUUCUUUGUGCAUAACAGAGCUCACAGGAGAGCCAGGAUCUGAUAUGAAUGCCCACAGAGAAGAAAGUGAUCCUCAGUCAGUGGCAGAAGCAGCGGAGCUGGAGGCAGAGCUACACGUAGAGCAGGCAAAGGCGACUGGAACACGGGUGACAACACGCACUCAAGCCGCGCAGCCAGGGGCGCAGAGUCGGAGGAUCAGCCAAAGAGGACCGGAACACGAGGGAAGACGCGAACUCAAGCCGCGCAGCCAGGGGCGCAGGUCGGAUCCAGAAGAAGAUUGGCAGUCUAAGAGGCGAAGCUGGAGCAGCCUUCGGCCACCCCAGUGGCACUCACAGGACCAGUCUUCACACUCAGACUCUGGUGAGAAGCAGGCACAGGGCUCCCAGGCCCUGAAGGCUUCCAGGCUUUCUUUGUCGCGGGAGUCAUCUGCAUCUAACUCAGAUUCCCCAAGAAUCUCCCAGAGCCCCAGGGCUGCAGCCAUGGCCACGAGCCUGCCGCAGAGCGCACAGGAACAAUUGUGGCUUCGUGAGGAGCGCAAGCAGCAAGAAAAGCUGCUCAAGGCCUUGGAGACACCUGAGGAGAAGCGCACACGAAGACUGGCCAAGAAAGAAGCUAAAGAGCGCAAGAGGCGCCUGAAGAUGGGUUGGGAUGAGGAUUACAUGGGCUACAGCAAUAGCGACAACCCUUUUGGAGACAACAACCUGCUGGACACCUUCAUCUGGAGGAAGGCAUUGGAGAAGAAAGACAUCAGCCAUCUGGGAGAGAAGCAGCUGAAGGAGCGCACCAAGAGGAUCCAGGAGGAGAGCCGGCUAGAGCUGCAGAAGGUCAAACGGCUGCGGCAAGAGCGGGAACGGGAGAAAGCCCUGAGGGAGCACGAGCUGGAGUGGCUGCAGCGAGAGAAAGAGGCGGAGCACUUUAGGACCUGGGAGGAGCAGGAGCACAGCUUCCACUUGAGGCAGGCCAAGCUUCGCUCCAAGAUCCGAAUCCGGGAUGGGCGGGCCAAGCCCAUCGACCUGCUGGCCAAGUACAUCAGCAGAGAAGACGACUUUGACCUGGCGGUGGAGAUACACGAACCCUACACGUUUCUCAACGGCCUCACGGUGACAGACAUGGAAGACCUGCUAGAGGACAUCCAGGUGUUUAUGGAACUGGAGCAGGGCAAGAACGUGGACUUCUGGAGGGACAUGAUGACCAUCACAGAGGAUGAGAUCGCCAAGCUGCGCAAGCUGGAGGCCUCUGGCCAGGAUCCAGGCGAACGCCGUGAGGGGGUCAACCCCUCGGUCAGCUCCGAUGUGCAGUCGGUGUUCCAGGGAAAGACUUACAACCAGCUGCAGGGCAUCUUUCAGGGUAUAGAGGGCAAGAUCCGUGCCGGCGGCCCCAACCUCGACAUGGGCUACUGGGAGAGCCUGCUGCAGCAGUUGCGUGCACACAUGGCCAAGGCCAGGCUGCGUGAGCGCCAUCAACAUCUUCUAAAACAGAAAUUGAUCCGACUGAAGCAGGGGCAGGGUGUGGAGAGCGAGUCGCGCUUCCCAAUUCUCAAGUCAGAGCCCAGGGCCACCCACAGCCCCGAACCUGAGGAGCGACCCAUCAGUCCCGGGACUUCAGUAGACCCAGUGGACCCCGUGGAACCCGAAGAGGACACAACAGCGGAAGAGGCAGGCAGCGAGGCAGUGCUGAUGAAGGAGGACCUGAUCGGGCAGAGUCUGUCCGACUACGACGCCGGCCGCUACAGCCCGCGGAUGCUCAGAGCGCACGAGCUGCCUGUGGACGCGCAUGUGCUGGAGCCGCACGAGGACCUGCAGCGCAUGCAGCUGUCUCGCCAGCAACUUCAGGCUCCAGGGGAUGCGAGCCAGAGCGCCGAGGACAUCUUCUUCCGGCAUGCGAGGGAGGGCAUGGGGCAGGACGAGGCGCAGUUCAGCGUGGAGAUGCCACUGGGUGGCCGCUCCUACCUGUGGGCCGACAAGUACCGGCCUCGCAAGCCGCGCUACUUCAACCGCGUGCACACGGGCUUCGAGUGGAACAGAUACAACCGGACGCAUUACGAUGUGGACAACCCUCCGCCCAAGAUCGUGCAGGGCUACAAAUUUAACAUCUUCUACCCGGACCUCAUCAUCCGGAAGCACGCCACGCCCGAGUACUUCCUGGAGGACUGCGCAGACAACCCGGACUUUGCCAUCCUGCGCUUCCACGCGGGCCCGCCCUACGAGGACAUCGCCUUCAAGAUCGUCAGGCGCGAGUGGGAUCACUCGCACCGCCAUGGCUUCCGCUGCCAGUUCGCCAACGGAAUCUUCCAGCUCUGGUUCCACUUCAAGCGCUACCACUACCGCCGCUGA